AUGAGAAAAGAACAUAAUGGAAACAUAUCCGCUUACAGCGGGGAUUUUUGGGGACUUGGCGGAAGCGACUUCAAAAUGAAAUAUCCUGAGCAGAAAAUUCUAAGCGGAAUUGCUUUAUUUGGUGAAAGCCAAAAAUAUAUUAUUAACUUUUUACGAAAUGCAUUUCACAGUGCGUUUCAAAGGAAAACCAAAUCGUAUUUCUUUGGAAUUUGUUCAGAAUCUGAAAAAGUCAGCCUAAGGUUAACAAAAAAUAUAAAUAAAAAAGAUAUUAUUGACUCAAAAAAAAAAGGUAUCCAAGUUGUUGUUUGUCGUUGUCGUAAUAUCCCGAAUGAGAGAUGA